UUCAAUGACGUUACUGACGUUUGUAAAUGGCAACCACCCGCGUUGUCAUUUACGAAUCGGUUUAAUAUUAUAGAUUUUUUAUAAAUAAAUUUAAUAGAAAUGAGUACGAAAACAGAAAAAGACAAAACAAAGCAAUUACAAGAUAAAUGUCAGUCAGUUCUGAACGGUCUUCUGCGGGACGAAGAUAACAAAUAUUGCGUGGAUUGCGACUCAAAAGGUCCCAGAUGGGCUUCCUGGAACAUAGGAGUAUUUUUGUGUAUAAGAUGUGCUGGUAUUCAUCGAAACUUGGGAGUUCACAUCUCAAAAGUCAAGUCCGUGAAUUUGGACACGUGGACCCCCGAACAGGUCGUUUCAUUGCAACAAAUGGGUAAUUCUCGAGCACGGGCAGUAUAUGAAGCUAACCUACCAGAUAAUUUCCGGCGACCUCAGAACGAUUCAAGCCUCGAAUCGUUCAUCAGAGCAAAAUAUGAACACAAAAAAUACAUAGCUAGAGAAUGGGUGCCCCCAACCUUGCCAAAAGUCAACUGGGAGAAGGAAAUUGACGAAGAAAUCGAGAAGCAAAAGCGAAAAAAGAAAACAGUCGUUGAAAAGAAACCCUUAGCCAACGUAGAAGUGCCCCAGUUGCCCAAACCCAAAAACCCGAGCCCCAAACCAGGCCGUGUGACAAGCACGCCAGAAACUAAAAAAGAAAAUGACUUGUUAGGUUUACAAAACGGCGAAGACAACUUCAGCGGGUUCUUAUCGGCCCCCGCGGCCAACGAAGAACCGAAGAAAGACGAAGAGAAGUCGGCAAAGAGCGAGGAGGAAAGCUUCUUCAACCAGAUCGUCCCCACAGAGAAGGAGAAAGUGAAGUUGACGAAAGAUAGUAUUUUAGCACUUUAUAGCAACACGCCAACCAAUAAUUUUAACCAGUUCCAAAGCCAGAUGCCUUAUCAGGGGAAUUUUCCAGCACAGAAUUUUCAGAAUUUCGGGGGGUUCCCGCAGGUGCAGCAGCAGGGUUUCGCGGUGGCUCAGCCCGUCGGUCAGUUCGCCCAAUGGGGCAGCCAAUCGCAGUUCCCCGUUCAGGGUCAGAUGCCGGCCGCGCCGGUAAAUCAGUUUCCCGUGGCCAAUCAGUUUCAAAACGGGCCCGGCCAGUUCGGUAAUUUUCCGAAUAACAGUCAGUUUCCAGUAGGGGGGCAGUUCGGACAGUUUCCGCAAGGGUUCAACGCAGCGCAAACGCCAAACCCGUUCUUCGCUAAUCAAAACGGUUUGCAACAACAGUUCAGUAAUUUAAGCUUAAACAACCAAACUUCUGCUAACGCUGCGCCCACACUGGCCACAAAUAUAUGGCAGUAAAUCUUAUCUUAAUAAAAUUUAACUUAUCUCA